GUUACUAAUUCUGUUUUUCAUCUAGAGGAUUCGCGACGGGUGCGAAACCAGGCACUUCGAACGUCGCCAGCGGACCCGGCACAGGCGCCAAUGCAAUUGGUGUUGCCCCCAGGCCGGAUGCCGUCUCUCCCUCACACGACAUCAGCAAAGAAGAGGAGCGACGGCGGAAAGAGGAACGCAGGCGAGAGAAAGAGGAGAAGCGCGCCCGGAAGGAGAAACGACGCGUUGAGCGGGCACGCACCCUGGACUACGAUGAUAAAGAAGGCGACCAGCGUAGCAGGCACCUGCACCGCUCGCGCUCGCGCUCUCCACAGAGAAGAGACAGAUACAGAGACGCUCGAGACGACGGGCGACCCCACAGUCGAUAUGCACGCUCACGGAGCCGGUCGAGGACUCCGCCCGUGCGGAGACCGUCCGGAGACUACAAUGAGCAUGAACGGGAGCGGGAGAGGGAUCGCGACCGGCGGAGAUGGGAGGAGAAUCCACGGCGUGAGCGGCCUUCGGCUCGUUGGGGGCGAGAUUGACUGGCGUGACUGCGUUGUAAGGCUACGCCCACUCGAGAUAGUCUCCCUUGGACAGGUACGCGAUCAUAGCUUCUUCACUUCCUAGCCUUUUCACUUCCCCUCUUGGUGUAUUCGUACCAUAUCGUCGCCACCAGCCCCAUCUUCCCGCCUGACUGUCUAUGUUCUUAGUAUACUGUUCUGAUGCGAGUGCGCUCUCGUCCACCUGCUGCAAUACAGUGUCCACUGCAGCGGUGUAUUUACCCACCUAUGCAUCCCUAGCCGGCAC